AUGCCUGACAGCGACAAGGCCAAUCUGGCUCGCAUCCGCGACAACCAAAGGCGGUCCCGAGCGCGCCGGAAGGAGUACCUCCAGGAACUCGAAGGCCGACUCCGGCAAUGCGAACUCACGGGUGUCGAAGCCAGCUCCGAGAUCCAGGGCGCGGCGCGCAAAGUAAUCGAAGAGAACCGGCGCUUACGUCUGCUCCUUGCCCAACAUGGCUUGAGCCCCGACGACGCUAGCGAUGACGAUGGCAGCCAGCAGUGGUCGUCGAAUACACCGAGAAGCGAUGAUGCGCAGGCUCUAGAGACACUUCUUAACAUUCGCCGAUGGAAGUGCAGCGAGACGCAGGGGUCGCCGCCAGAGACGGGGCCGACGUCUACGAUGCCUGGUGAACAGAAUAUCGAUAUGGUCGCUAGCCCACCCGCGGUGCAGGCGGCGUGGAUGCCAUCGCCGGAGAGCAUGGAGGAACGGGGAGCGGAACAGCUUGAGAACUCGGGUUUGGGUCUGAACACAUUACAAACGGGAUGGGCGGCAUCACCGGAUGAUAUUCAGUACCAAGGGCUUCAGAAACUAGGCCGAGAAUCCGACCCUUGUACACCGGUAUCUUCGUACAGCUUUUCGAAUCAGUGCUGUGGAGGAAAUAGCUGCACUUCUAAUCCGAGAGAGCAACAGGCGCCAAUUCAACAGCAGCCUCAGCUACAGCCUGGAGGGCUGCUCGGAGCAAUUAAUAUGUUGGGUCCUAUGUCGACUCACGAGGAACAAAGAAAAGCCUUCGACAUCGCAGUCCAGGCCCAUAUUGACCCAAACCAAUACCGCUACCUCCAGCAACUACAGGCUCUCUAUGACCCCUCCAAAGCUCUCUACAACCCAUCCAUGUCUGUAUACCAGCAACCCCAACCUCGUCAAAUUCAGCUUCCAGUACGACCUGGCCCUUCGUUCCAAACACCACCAUACGUUAUCGGCCCUCCUAGAAGUACACCAAGUGCCCAGGCUAUUGGGACGAAUAGCUGCAUCUAUGCCACCGACAUGAUUACCGCGAUGGCAACCGAAGCUCUGCCAUCGGAUGUCCGAACCGAUCUUGGAUGCUCACCACAAUGCAGCACGGACUGCGAAGUGAGCAACCACGUCGUUUUCGAUGUCAUGGACCGGUACUCUGGUAUGGGACGUUGA